GCGGGCCAAGAUAUGUGAGUAGAGAUGAAGGUGAAAGUCUUUCUCAUUGUCUUCAAUUAUAUAAACCCCUCCGAGACCAUUCUGAAGUCAGUUCAGUUCGCAGAAACAUCUGAGCAUCUUGCCUAUCAAUCUAUACACGAUGAAAUUAUUCGUAUGCAUAGCUGUCCUUUCUGUCCUAGCAACAGUAAAUGCCGGUUUUUCUGGUAGUUACGGUGGCGGUCAAGAAGAAGGAAGCUAUCAAAGUCAACAGUCUGGUUACGGCGGUGGUUACGGUGGUGGUUACGAAGAGCACGAUCCUGGACAUCAUGUUCACCAUACGGUGGAAAUCACCAAGCCAGUUCCAGUACCAGUCUAUCAGCAUGUCAGUGUACCAAUUCCUCACUCAGUUCCAAUCCCAGUGCCCAAACCUGUUGCUGUUCCUGUUCCACAGCCUUACCCCGUCCAUGUACAUGUUCCUCAACCCGUUGCUGUACCUGUCAUCAAGACCAUCACAAUCCCAGUCGAGAAACCUGUACCUUACAAGGUAGAGAAGGAAGUACACUUCCACGUAGAGAAGCCAGUUCCUGUUAAGGUUGAGAAGCAUGUGCAGAUCCCAAUCCCUAAACCAGUUCCAGUUAAGGUGCCAGUUUACAAAGUGAUCUACCAUCACAGCAAAUCCCACCAUCAUCACUGAGGAUAUACCAGAAGACUGUUUUCAUCUUAGAUGCUUGUCAUUUUAAUUUAUCUUGUUUCUUCUCUUGUUAUUUGUUGUGACUUUCUCUUGUUGCUUAUUGUUUAAGUAUAUUAAUUUAAAUGAU